UCUUGCACGAUCUCCUCUAGAUACUACAUUUUUUUUUCCUUUCCCACUCUCCCAAACUAAGCAUACAUAAAAUGGCAUCUCAAACCAUCGAGAGCUACCGCGAGGGUGCCGAGAUAGUCCGCGGCGAUGCUUUGUGCAAGAAGAAGUCUAUCGAACUGCUCGAAGAGCUUGACCUUCCGAAGGGACUCUUCCCUUUGGAAGACAUUGAGGAGUUUGGAUACAACCGUGCGGUCGGGUUCGUAUGGUUAGUUCAGAAAAAGAAGAGGGAGCACACAUUCAAGAAGAUAAAGCAGGUGGUGUCGUACGCCGCGGAGGUGACGGCCUUCGUCGAGAAGGGCAAGCUGAAGAAGGUGACGGGGGUGAAGGUGAGGGAGCUUCUGCUCUGGCUUACCGUCGUGGAAGUGUUCAUCGAAGAUGCUACGAUUGGAAAAAUCACUUUUAAGACUAGCACAGGACUAUCCGAUAGCUUUCAUGUUUCUGCGUUCGCCCUUGGAGAGUAGAGAGAAAUGAGAAGGAGAGAGAGACACACGAUGAGUUUAAACUUUUAAGUUAGUGCUAUGUGGUGUUACAGGAAGAAUUUAAUAACUUAUAGUUUAUAAUUUUACGUGGGUGUUGUUUACACGUUAAUUGGUUUAGGUGAGUUGUGUCGUCAUGUUCUACUAUACUAUUCCCAAU